UCUCCGGGCGGGGCGAGUUUGCCGAGAGCGCUUCGAAGUGCUGGGCUAGAGCCUCAGAGGAUUUUCCGACUCUUAUUUCCCAUGAACUUCUGGGCCUAAACUAAUCUCAGUCUGUGGGUCCCUUUCCGGUGUCUCCGAGAUUUUUGGACUCUGUGCGGAGAAUCUUGACAGUGACAGUGUCUCACUGUAUAGCGAGCUACAGCUACAAAAUGUUGAGGAGCUGCUCUGUCUUUUCUGGACUCUGUGCUUCACCAAUAGAGGAACCCUAUGGAGCACUAAUUAGUUCCUGGGAUUCUAGAACCAUGACUGACGGCUUGGUGACAUUCAGGGAUGUGGCCAUUGACUUCUCUCAGGAGGAGUGGGAAUUCCUGGACCCUUCUCAGAGGGACUUGUAUGUGGAUGUGAUGUUGGAGAACUACAGCAACUUGGUCUCACUGGAUUUGGAGUCGACAUAUGAGACAAAAAAUACAUUUUCAAAAAAGGACAUUUUUGAAAUUAAUUUUUCCCAGUGGAAGAUAAAGGAAAGAAAUAAAACCAUUAAGCUUGAGGCAUCCAUUUUCAAAAAUAACUGGAAGUGUAAGAGCAGAUUCAAGGGGCUCCAGGGACACCAAGAGAGAUUCUUCAGUCAAGUGAUAAUCAGCUAUGAAAAAAUGCCCACUUACAAAAAGCAUGAAUUUCUCAUUGCACAUCAAAGAACUCCUAAUCGAGAAAAACCCUACAUUUGUAAGGAAUGUGGGAAGGCUUACAGUCAUGGCUCAAAACUUGUUCAACAUGAGAGAAUUCAUAUGGCUAAAAAACAUUUUGAAUGUAAAGAAUGUGGGAAGGACUUUUUAAGUGCCUAUCAACUCACUGUGCAUCAGAGAUUUCAUACUGGUGAGAAACCUUAUGAAUGUAAGGAGUGUGGGAAGACCUUUAGUUGGGGAUCAAGCCUUGUUAAACAUGAGAGAAUUCAUACUGGUGAGAAACCCUAUGAAUGUAAAGAAUGUGGGAAGGCCUUUAGUCGUGGCUAUCACCUUACUCAACAUCAGAAAAUUCAUAUUGGUGUGAAAUCUUAUGAAUGUAAAGAAUGUGGGAAGGCCUUUUUUUGGGGCUCAAGCCUUGCUAAACAUGAGAUAAUUCAUACAGGUGAGAAACCUUAUAAAUGUAAAGAAUGUGGGAAGGCCUUCAGUCGUGGCUAUCAACUUACUCAGCAUCAUAAAAUCCAUACUGGUAAGAAACCUUAUGUAUGUAAAAUUUGUGGAAGGGCUUUUUGUUGGGGCUAUCAACUUACUCGACAUCAGAUAUUUCAUACUGGCAAGAAACCCUACGAAUGUAAGGAAUGUGGGAAGACCUUUAAUUGUGGCUCGAGUCUGGUUCAACAUGAGAGAAUCCAUACUGGUGAGAAACCCUAUGAAUGUAAAGCAUGUGGAAAGGCCUUUAGUCGUGGCUAUCACCUUACUCAGCAUCAGAAAAUCCAUACUGGUGAGAAACCUUUUGAAUGUAAGGAAUGUGGGAAGGCCUUCAGUUGGGGUUCAAGCCUUGUUAAACACGAGAGAGUUCAUUCUGGUGAGAAAUCUUAUGAAUGUAAAGAAUGUGGAAAAACCUUUGGUAGUGGUUAUCAACUUACUCGACAUCAGAUAUUUCAUACUGGUGAGAAACCCUAUAAAUGUAAGGCAUGUGGGAAGGCCUUUAAUUGUGGCUCGAGUCUGGUUCAACAUGAGAGAAUCCAUACUGGUGAGAAACCCUAUGAAUGUAAAGAAUGUGGAAAGACCUUUAGUCGUGGCUAUCACCUUACUCAACAUCAGAAAAUCCAUACGGGUGAGAAACCUUUUAAAUGUAAGGAAUGCGGGAAGGCCUUUACUUGGGGUUCAAGCCUUGUUAAACAUGAGAGAGUUCAUACUGGUGAGAAAUACUAUGAAUGUAGAGACUGUGGGAAGGCCUUUGAUAGUGACUAUCAACUUAGUGUUCAUCAGAGAUUUCAUACUGGUGAGAAACCUCAUCAAUGUAAGGAAUUUGGGAAGACCUUUACUUGUGGCGCAAGCCAUGUUCAACAUAAAAGAAUUAAUAAUAAUGAUAAACCCUACAAAUAUAAAGAGUGUGGGGAAGCCUUUAUAUGGACAGCCUAUUCAAAUGGGGCGGUUGAUGCUGGUGAAACUAUGACUGAAGAAAUGUGAAAGAAUGUGUUUUGGUGUGUGUAUAGACAACUUACUUAAUGUGAGAAGUCUUAUUCUUGAGAAACCUUUUGAAUGUAGGGAAUGUGCAAAACCCUAAACUGUGUAUGGAUAAUUGAUAUCAGAAAAUUCAUAUUAGUGAGAAAUAUUUUGAAAAUGAGGACUAAGAAAUGACUUCUGUAUGAUCUUGAACGUCUAUACUGACGUGAAGCCAUUUAAUUGUAGGAAAUAUGUAAAGAUCUUUAUUUUAUUUAAGAUCUUUAAUUCAUAGUACAAAGUCUCAUAAGUGUUGGAAAAAUUAUGCUCAUCAGAAACUCUCUAAGGCAUAUGGGAAGAUUCUAAAUUUAAUUUGGUUCUUGUAUAUCAGAGAAUUCAUACUGCUGUGAAAUCCUGUGAAUUUAAGGAGUAUGGGAAGACUUGUAAUCAUGGUAAACAUCUUAAAAUACAUCAGGGAAUUCAUCCUAAUGAGAAGCCAUUUGAAUUAGAAUUGUAGGAAGGCCUUUAGACAACUGCUACUCCAACUAUUGUCCAGAGACGUUUUGCCAGUCUAUAAAAUCAUUGCCUGUCAAUCAUGAGAUAAAUGCAGAAAGUGAGAGUAAAUGUUUGGAAACUUUUAUAGAAAUUUGAUAUUGCCAUAACAUUAUCAUUAUAUUUUACAAAAGUAUCAGUCAAUCAAUGAUUGGAAAUUUAAAAUGAAAAGUUUGUCCUUCCCUCUAUAAGUUGAGAGACAACAUUCAUACUUUUUAAAACAGGAGACAAGUCACAAAGUAACUUAAUUAGAAUAAGAAAUUCUUCACUUGUUGGACAAUGAUUAGAAUAGCAGAAUACUUAAUACUUCAUAAGAUAAAUAUGAUGUAUACUUCAUCAGACUUUGGUAAAUCUGAAUAAGAAAAGUCAAGAAAGUUGGCAACAUUGUAGAAUCAUUAAUAAGAAAAGAGAUAUAAUUAGAGAUGUGGAGGUUUUUUUUUUUUUUUUUUAAUUUAAGGCAACACAAUGUAUUUAAACAUAUUUGGAUCAAUAAGCAAAGAAAAAGACUGAAAAAAAAUUGCUCCAAGAUCUCUUUUUUAGAAACAAUAGUUGGAAAUUGUCAUCUUCUUAGGGAUCAAUUUCAAGAGGAAAAAAAAUUUUUUUGCUAUCUCAUCUGGAUAACAUAUAUAUCUAGUAACAAAACUAAAUGGAGAUAGCCUCCAAAAAGCAAAAGCUAGAUUAAUUGAAUUUGCAUGCAUAUGUGUUCAGUCGCUUCAGUCAUGUCCAACUCUUUGUGAACUCGUGGACUAUAGCCCGACAGGCUCCUCUGUCCAUGGAGAUUCUCCAGGCAAGAAUAUUGGAAUGGGUUGCCAUGCCUUCUUCCAGGGGAACUUCCUGACCCAGGUAAAUGCAAAAUUUUUAAGUAAAACACCAAUAAGCAGAAUCCAGAUGUAAGAUUGCACAGUAGAAAAUAAUUUUUAUGGAAUAUUCAAGCCCGAAACUUUCUGGUUUAAAUGGAAAUAUAGGCUAACUGACCAAAAAAAAAAAAAAAAAAAAAUGAAUCAGUAUAAGUUUAAUUCAUUCUGAUAGUUCAUCUUAAGAUUUGUGUGACUUUUAGAGUAGGAAAUUACACAUAAUGACUUAAUUCUAAGAAGAAUUUAAUAUUUGUAAAUCAGAAUGCAUCUCAAAAUUGGUGACUUUUCAUUUUCAUCUGGGUGGCUGUUAUGAUUUACUGCCGGCAUGAAAACAUAUUAGUUAUGAUGAAAUAAAAGAAUGUUUAUAUACUCAGAAUUUGACCCUUUAAAAAUGACUGAUUUCCAAAAAUCAGUUACAUCAGAACUGCACUGACAAAUGUCUGUGGUUCAUCUUGGUCAUUGUUUUAAUCUGCACCUCACCUCUGUGUCCAUUUUUGCAGAUAGGCCAUCCAUGGUAUCUCUGUUCAGUCGUUUAUAGUCUAGUGGUUGACAGCAUUAUUCCACAUAAUUGUAAUAAUCAAAUGUAACACAAAGCAGAAUACUUUGAGUGUUUUAAUAGAAUAUAUCAUCACCAGUUAGUAUUUUACUCCUCCUGGGUACCAUAUUUGCAUGUUAACUAGGAGAUAUGGUGAUAGCACCUUAUCCUACCAUUUCUGAAAUUGUAGGUCUCGGAAGUCACCAGUGCUUAAUAGUACUUCAGAAACAAAGGAAAUUAAUCCUCUGAUUCAAGAAGCUUAUGAAGCAGCAUCUUCUAAAAUACCCUCUUAAGGAACCACCUAAAGUACCUUAUCAGCUUAUCAAAAGGCUAAAGAGUAGUGAAGAAAAUGGUUCAACUGUGUUUAAGUUGGCAUAUCUCAAACUUCACUAUGGAAAUACCAAUUCUCAUGACUUAUUAACAUCUUGAGGGUGUCAAACUGCAUUGGGAGGCGCAACCAUAACUAAGAGAGGAUAAAGUUGGAAAUUUCAGUCACCAAGUCUGAUUGUUUAGCUAUGACAGGAUGACAGUAUCGUACUCUCAGUUGCCUUCUAAUGUUUUCUCUUACUUAUGAGUAAAUAUCUUUGUUGUGUCUAAGUAGGCAUGGCUCCUGAGUUUUAUCAAAUGCCAUUUUAUUAUCUCUUCCUGCAGUUGUAUUUGUUAUACUGUGAUAAGUAUUUAUACUGACAGACUCUUUGACUUCUUCUUGUUUCUAGGUAUGCUCAGGUUAGCCAUUGUGUGUGUGUGUGUGUGUGUGUGUGUGUGUGUGUGUGUGUUUUGGAUGCACUACUUGAUUUCACUUACUACUAUUUUAUUUAGAAUUUUUACAUCUCGUGAGUAAGACUAUAUGAUGAUUUUCUUUUAGAAUGUAUUUUUUUGUUUUUGUAUUGCAAUUACCUGUUCUUUAAAAUUGCAUGACUGUAUUGGGUUGUUUUGUUUUGAAUUGGAGGUCCUUAAUCACUUUUCUAGUUUAAUCUGUUGAUUUUCUUGUCUUUGAAUUUCUACUUAGGACACAACAAUUUCACUGAAUAUCCAGCACAGUUACUUUAAGGAAUCUUCAUAGUACCAGCCAAGAUCCACAUAAAAAGAGUAUUCCAACAUAGUCCCUAAUUGAAAAUCUUUCAGUAUGUGUUCUGGAAGAUACCAUGUUGGGAAGUCAGAGUGCCUUAUAGGACUGUUAGAAUUAGCCAUGUCUUUCAGAGUAUGUACAUUUCUUUCUGUGUAUACUGUGAAGUAGAAUUGCUUGAGUUUGUUUAUGGGUAUGUCCAUGUUCAGCUUUAAUAAGUUUAGUUCUCCUACAUAUUAAUAGAUUUCCAAACAAAUAUACCAGCUGGCACUCCCAACAGCAGUGUGUGUUCGUAUCCUUGACAAUAUGUGGCAUCAUCAGUUAAAAAAUAUAUGUACAUAUUUUGCUACUGUGGUAGGUAUACAGUGGUACCUGAUUGUAAUGAUUGUGGUUCACAUUUCCAGUUUUCUGAUUGUCUGCUGGGUAUUUGAAUUUUUCAGUAUCUCUUCACUCCUUGCUCAUACAUCAUUGGAUGCAUUAGGUGUGUACAGUUUCACAAAGUAUCUGCACAAUUUCUAGGACAGGAUUUGACACCUAGGCCAUCGUGUGUGCAUUUAUCCUCCACUAGACAGGGAGCUGGUUGAUGGCUAUGAUGGAAUCAGCUUUGUCUUUGCAUCUCCAUCUCCCAGUAUGAUCCGUAAGUUUUAGUUGUUUAACACAGUUAAGAUACACUCAUCAGAAAUUAAAAGAACCAAAAUGAUUGAAGCAAUGAGGAAGUAUAUUGAGUCAUAUAAUAUGAUCCAUUCUGGGCUGGUUGCCCUUUGUGCUUGACAUGAGAAAUACUGUGAUCUCCACCACCAUCACAUUAGAGAUUCUUUUCACUUCUCUCCUACGUGGAGUUUCUAGUUUUCUGCUUGCUCCCGUGGAGCAACCUCCAGUUGCUUUCUUAGAAGGGGGUGAUUUUUGAAAUAACUCACGUGGUUAAAAAGGUUAUUCUCCCCUUCUGUUUCUGAUGUCUCAUUUUGGCCAGCAGAUUCUUGGGCAUGUUCUUUUCAUGGUCCAUGGCAGAAGCACAAAAUGCUGAGCCAAAACAUCUUUAAAGUCUGUACAACCGUCCUGAUCAGCUCACAUUCUGUUGAUUAGACAAGUCAAGUGGACAAGCCCAACAUUAACAGAGGCAGGGGUGAACCAUGCCAAGGGCAGAUGGUAAAGGAAGAAUUGUGGGAAAACAGUAUAAGCUACCAGGCUCAUAACAACAUAGGUGGCUUCCCUAUAUUACCUUAUGGGGGUAGCUGAGCAAUAGUUAAUCAUUUCAAAGAUAAUAUGUCAGCCAAUAGAAAAAUAUAAACCUUUCCUAUAACCAUGCUCAUAGUUGCCAAAUGAAUUUAUAAAUUUACAUCCAUUUCUUUUAAAAAUAGUAAAUUAUCAUGUAUUAAUAUUGUUUAAAUUGAGUCUUCCUUGGUGGCUCAGUGGUAAAGAAUCUGCCUGCCAAU